UAGCCACUGCGGCUCCUCAUAGCCUUUUUCUGGCGAACAAAUCCGCCAGUCAGUGACGGGUUAUACACGCGAUCAUACUAUCGGAUCUCUUCUUCCAAGUGCUCUUCUAUUUGGUCCAUAUUCGUUCUUCUAAAUCUUCCGUGAUUUCUGCCAGUAUUAUGGGACAUGAAACCGGAAACUAGACUCCGGACGGGAUGUAGUAGGCAAACCAAUCACUUGCGGUUGUGGGCCCGUGAAAAUGCAGAAGCAUGCACUGGCCUUUAAACAUCCCGCUCUGUAAGCCAGGGCAGGAUCAGCGGUGGCUUUGCGCAUGCGCGAUUCAUUUGCAGUCUGGAGGACGCGGAGCGUGGGUCUCCUCUCUGUAGCAAGGCUACUGGGAAACUGACCGCCUGUGUGUGGUUUGGGACGGCGGAGGGGCUCACAGCAGCACCCGCUGCUCGUUGAGGACAGUAACUGCCAAAAGAUACGUGCUUUCACGUGAGAGUCUCCAAAACACCAGAAAGUCUCCAAUAUCACCAGAAAAAGUCGCUAGAUUUGUCGCUAGUAGCUUUUGCCAAAAUAAGUCGCCAUGAGGAUUUGGAAAGUCGCCAAGUUGGCAACAGUGAGCCUUGGUGACAAAAAGAAAUAUAAGGUGCGAAACCUACGAGCUUUCAGAAGGGGUACCAGUGCUGUAAUAUUUAAGCGUAGUGAUAUGAAAUGAACUGUAGUCUCCAAGAUAGCUUUCCUGUUGAUUCGAUGGUGACAUGUAAACUUUAUGGUGGUUCUGGUUAUCUCACGUAUCUCUUAAAUACUGCAGUAUUAACACUCACAAAUCACAUACUACCCUGUUUUACAAGUAGUGGUUUAGUCCACAUUGGCGGGAAAUGGAGAAGCCCAACCCGGGAUAAAACUCACUUCCUCUUAAACGGACAUGAUUCUGAUUUCAAAAUAAGAGAUUAUAAGGCCCUUUCCGGGCGAUUCUAGAGGGAUGCCUUUGGCUAAGCAAUCUUACUUUGAAGGCCGUUGUUCGACAUGCAUUUGUUUGCCCAGGAAGAUUACUACCUACCGUGGUUUUCUUAUGUUUAGUUCUCUAUAUGUCUGCGCAGAUUGGGACAUGGUGAUAUAUUAGAAGUCGAUACAUAUCGUGAUACCUGCAGUCUUGCAUUUUAUUAACAUCGUAUCUUAGCUCGCUGGUUUGCUCACAUUGUUGUCGUUUGUGAGUACCGACAAUAUCUUUGUUAGUAACUUAUAAAGUUAACGUCAUACGCUUUGUCUGCUUCGCUGCUGGAAACAAUGAGCUGAAAGUUCCCCUAUACUCCUCCUCCUGUUCUGAAUCUGGAAUUGGAACUGUCAGUUCUUGCUCUUUUCUGCUGAACAGUUGAUCCAUGUGUCGUCUGACCACUUUACCAUCUCCCGGCAACACUGUUGUGAAGGAAGGAAGCCGCAGUGCGUCCCCUCACUGCCCCAAACCAGAUGAAUCAAAGGAGCCACUGGGGACAACCAUGGAGACUGGAGUUUCCAGCGAUGUUGGUUCGAAAUCUGUGAACAUGACGCCUGAAGUGGUUAUUACCAAGGAAAUGGAGGAAGAGGAGAAGCAGCUGAUGAAGGACGGCGAGAGGAAAGAGGAGGAAAUGUUGGAAAAGGCAAGGAAAUCAUCGGAGAGGGAUUCUCAUGACAUACGGUUUAAGAGACUGCAGCAUCUGCUUCAGAAGAGCAACAUCUACUCUAAAUUCCUCCUGACUAAAAUGGAGCAACAACAUAAUGAGGAGAAACUUAGGAAGGAGAAACUGGAAAAGAAUACCAAGAAGAGCACAAACAGUGCAGGACCUGAGAAAGAUAAACAGAAGAAGAGGAGAAGGGAUGAAGAUUACAAAAUAUCAGAUAUCAUGACAAAAGAAGAAAUCAUGUUGCAGGCUAAGAGAGCAAAAAUGGACAGAAGUUGUAUAUCUGAUUAUAAGGAUGAAGCACCAGCCCAGAAAAAAAUUGAAGCUGAGGAUAUAGAGAAGAUAAGCGAUUCAAACCAGGACAUCAAGAACCGUCUAUCCGAUGUGGUGCGAGACAAGGCAAGGCAUAUCCUGCAUCCUCACAAAACGGUAAACGACCAGCUGGUCCCCACCCAGCAGCCAACGCUCUUCACUGGAGGAGUCAUGAGGUCGUACCAGAUUGAAGGUAUCGAGUGGUUGAGGAUGUUGUGGGAGAAUGGUAUUAAUGGGAUCCUGGCUGAUGAGAUGGGACUGGGAAAGACCAUCCAGUGCAUUGCUCAUAUCGCCAUGAUGAUAGAAAAAAAAGUGAUUGGUCCCUUCUUGGUAGUUGCACCUCUCUCCACUCUGCCCAACUGGGUGAAUGAAUUCAAGCGUUUCACACCAGAGGUGUCUGUACUGCUAUACCAUGGCCCUCAGUCAGAGAGGGCCAAACUGCUAAAGCAAAUCCACAGGCCUCAGGGGCUUGUCAACAUGUGUCCUGUUGUCAUCACCUCCUUUGAGAUCUCCAUGAUUGACAGAAAAUUCCUGCAGCGCUUCCAAUGGAAGUACCUGAUAGUGGACGAAGGUCACCGGAUCAAAAACCUCAACUGUAGGCUGGUGCGGGAGCUGAAGAUGCUGCCCACAGACAAUAAGCUGCUACUGACUGGCACGCCGCUGCAGAACAACCUGGCAGAGCUUUGGUCCCUCCUAAACUUCCUCCUGCCAGAGGUCUUUGAUGACCUUAAGAGCUUUGAAUCAUGGUUUGACAUCAACACUCUGGGGGAGGCUGAGAGUGUAGUGAAAGCUGAACGCGAGCAGAACAUUCUGAGCAUGUUGCAUCAGAUUCUAACUCCAUUUUUGCUAAGGAGGCUGAAAUCAGACGUGACUCUGGAUGUUCCUCCUAAGAAGGAGAUAAUUGUUUAUGCUCCUCUGACAGCCAAACAGGAGACUUUUUACACUGCUGUGGUCAACAAGUCCAUCGCCAAGAUUCUGGGCCAGGAAAAGACAGAGGCUCCUGUAAUGCUGAUGUCAAGUGGCAGGCCAAAGCGUCAUUGUACAAAGGUGGUGGACUACAAAGAAACAGAUGGAGAAACACCGUACAUCCUGGAAAAAUAUCUGGAUAAGGUCAGCAAGGAACUUAAGCAGAGCUCCCCUCCAGUGCUGGAUGGCCAUAGCCCACUGGAUGCCCAGAUAAACUUGAAGCUGCAAAACAUUCUCAUGCUACUUAAGAGAUGUUGUAACCACCCAUACCUGAUAGAGUACCCCCUCGACUCCGCCACACAGGAGUACAAGAUUGAUGAGCAGCUGGUGCAAAGUUCCGGGAAGUUUCUCAUCCUGGAUAGACUGCUUCCUGCACUGAAGAAAAGGGGACACAAGGUUCUGAUCUUCAGUCAGAUGACCUCCAUCUUGGAUAUACUAAUGGAUUACUGCUAUUUGCGGGGCUUCCAGUAUAGCCGACUGGAUGGCAGCAUGUCUUACUCCGACAGAGAUGAAAAUAUUAACAAGUUUUCCAAAGACCCGGAGGUAUUCCUGUUCCUGCUGAGCACCAGAGCAGGAGGACUUGGGAUCAACCUCACAGCUGCUGAUACAGUCAUCAUCUUUGACAGCGACUGGAACCCCCAGGCAGACCUGCAGGCGCAGGACCGCUGUCACCGCAUUGGUCAAACAAAACCAGUGUUGGUUUACCGCCUCGUCACAGCCAACACCAUUGACCAGAAGAUUCUGGAGAGAGCCUCGGCAAAGAGGAAGCUGGAACAGAUGGUCAUUCACAAGAAUAAGUUUAAAGGCGGGAAGGCAGAGCUGAACCAAAGUAAGAGCUGCAUUGAUCUGGAUGAUCUCAUGCAACUGAUCAAAAACAGAGACACUGAGAAGCAGAUGAAAGCAUCAAGGGGGAAGGUGAUCAGUGACAAGGACCUGGAGAUUUUGCUGGAUCGCAGUGACAUGCUGGACAAAGAAAAGGGGAGCUUGAACAAAGAGAAGGUUGGAGUCUUCAGAGUAACUGAUGCCAAAGAGUCUUCAGAAAUCUCGCUGACCUGAGAACAUAUUCAGAUGUGACCAUCUGACCACAUUCCUUGAGGAGAGACAUCAAGCUAAAUUCUGAGGGCUAACCGCUUCUGAUACUAGUAGUAGAGACUGAAACUGCUUUUGAUGUUAAUAAGUGUAUUUUCUCUGUUUGUUAAUUGGCUUGAUAAUACUCCGUUUAAUGAGCUUUGUUGAACAUUGUCAAUGCCAGUGAGAUUUAGAUUUUAAUGCAUAAGAUAAUCUUAAACUGUUCUAUGAUUGUUACCAUGUAUCUGUUUGACAAGACAAAGCUGUAGCCACGUGAUCCAGUUGGUUAGGCCUCUUUAUUAUAAUUCAAAACCCUCUAACUAUGGUUAACAGUGUUUGGUUUUAUAACUUAAUUUUUUCUGCCAACAUUUUCUGAAAAACAUGUUACAUUUGUAUUGUCAUAAUAUGCGGUGGUGUGUGUAUGCAGUCCCAUAUACAAUACUUUUUUUAUACUAUGUUUUUUUUUUUUCUAAUGGGAUCUCUAUCCUCCUGGCUUUGGUGAGCAUUAAGAUCUACACCAGCUUUGAAAUCAACUGUCCAUGCCUUCCUCUGUACAACAUACUAUUGUCUGGGAGAGAUGAUCUUCCCAACCAUCAUACUGUUUCUUUUCUUGGGGUCCUGUUCAAUAGACAUGUAGGCAUAAUGAUGGACGAGUGGAUGAGACCCAUUUGGAAAAGGAUCUAAGAAUCUUGCCGUGGUGAAGUGAGUUAAAAAUGUACUGUACUUAAUAAAACAAUUGUUGCCAAUUAA